AUGACCUCAAAUGCGCUAGACGAAGUGAUCUCACCAGAUGGGGGCGCUCAAACUGAAGCCAACUACCCACCCGACGCAAUGUUGCUUGAUACACUUACGGCACAGAAAGAGUCCGGUAUGUCGGAUUCGCACUUUCAAGUGGCAACGAAGUAUAUUUGGUUCCUGCCUCACGCGAUAUAUCCUGCAGAUAAUUGCCGUCUUUCUCCACCACCAGUCUCGGCAAGCCGUUCAUUGUCAAGCCCCGGCGAGCCACAGCAGGCAAUAGCUCACGAAAAUUGGGACAUUGGCCUCCUUUAUCCGCACUUUAAUCUGGACGAUUACCUCGAUGUCUCUACGAGUCCGAACGUCUUGUUCUCCCUUCCAGAAACUCACUUUCAUGGUAGCUCUGGCAGUGACGCAGUUCUAACAUCGAUAUCCACCAACCCAAUUGUUGCGGAGAGCAAGAUUAAGCUCAUCAGAGAUGCAUUCAAAAUGGUCCACGGGCCGUGGACACCGACUGCACGGAAUUUCCAGGAAGAAGAGGAAGAAAACCUGUCAGCUGCGUACGGAAUGGCCAUUGCGGAUGAGAUCGUCCAUGAAUGCGAUAUUCAACCAAUGCGCUGCAGCUGUCCACCACUGGUGCGCGAUCGCCUACUGACGAUGUUAGUUGGAGCAUCAGUUUCGCGAGAAAGUCUCCGCCCCACACCGGCAUUUCCAUCCUGCGAUACACUGGGAGUGUUACUCCGAUCGUCUCUUUUCUGGAUGAGUAAACAAGACGACACCUGGGUUCAUAUUCCCACGUUCGAUAUCACUACAGCCUCAACUGAGCUGGUCGCGGGCCUUAUUGCUUUGGGUGCCAUACGUGCAUCAAGCCGUGCCAUACAGAAAUUUGGCCUGGCAAUGCACGAGCUGCUUACAGUUCAGCUGGCGAAGAUUAUGCUUCGAGGAUGUGGCCGUUUCCGAAAGUCUUCCUACACGCCAAUCCGACCAUGCCCCGACGACGAGGGUGAGGCCUUAGAAACAAAAUGGCGAGCUUGGGUGGAGCAGGAGUCAUUUACUAGGCUGAUAUACCAUCUCCUAUUCCAUUGCGGCCAGGAGUCGCUCAUAAUGUCAGUGGCAGGUCCACUACACUACACAGAACUCUCUCUUCGACUCCCUUUGACAAAUUCUUUAUGGUUUGCCAGCUCUGCUGCCAGCUGGAAAACUAUUUUCUUCUCGCAAUUUGCCGAGGAUCCAGUGCAUGUCUCUGUUUUCAACUGCUUGGCGGACUUGUCUCAACUUCAGUCCCUUCCGAAUAUCUACGAUAUCAAUAUCACGAGAUUAGCUGUGCAAUACAGUAUCUCAUCUUUAAUUCAAGUAUAUCGGAAGUUUCAAGCGACGGUUGGAUAUUUGCAGGGUGUCAACUCUUCUGAACAUAUUUUGUGGAAAGAUAGCCAGCGCCGGUGGUUGAUUCAGGCAUUGGAGGAACUAUCACAUCAGUUUGAUCUAUGCCCACCCAGAUCAAAACCAUCUGUUUCAACCCUCCUUCUGCAACAACUGCUGUCGCUGCAUCUUUCCGUUUCAAUCGACCAGCUAGAGUGCCUAGCAGGGAAAGAAGGGCUCGAAGAGGCACAGUCCGCGUAUACCAUGGCGCGACAAUGGGUCAGAUCAAGCGAAUGCCGCAAGGCUCUGUGGCAUGCCGGUCAACUUCUUAAGCUAAUCCGAGGUCUUCCCAUGGAGGUCAUGACGGAGUUCCACGCCACCGCGAUUUAUCACGGUGGCUUGUGUCUUUGGGCUUACUGUAUGAUCUCGACCGAGGAAGCAAGCGACACUGGCUCAUCUAUCAAAAAGACCGAGGAGACCCUGUUGAAUGGUGAAGAGACAAUCGCGACUCGAGAUUGGAUAGCUCAUGGUAGAGCCCGGCCUGUGCUAUCUACAGGUGAAGCUCGCGAAUCUAACAACCAUCUAUAUGCCUUGACGCUUUAUUCAAUUCGAGAGUUGCUCCAAAUUUGUAUAAGAGACAUUCAACGCAAGUACCCAGCAAGUCAAGACCUCCCUGUCACAACGGAAAAUUUAUGCAAUCUACUACACGCCUUGGAGGUCGCUAGUAUGGGUGACAGCUAA